CUUAUGAGUGUCCGUAGUCGUUGGUCCUCAAAGUGUAAAUCUCGAGUAUAUUUAUAAGGCAAAGGCGUAAAUGACAAUUGAAAACAUAAACAUGGGGUAAGGAGGAGGCAGUGUUGACGAGUCAGUGAGGAGUUGCCCCCAGGUGUCGGGGUGUAGAGAAUACACCUCUCCCCCCUGCUGUCUACAUGAUGAAGGAGCAGCCCAUAUUCUCGUGCAAGGCGCACGUCUUCCACAUCGACCCGAAAACCAAGAGGUCGUGGAUCCCAGCGUCUUCGUCUGCGGUGUCCGUCUCUUUCUUCUACGACUCUACCAGGCAGCUUUACCGUAUCAUCUCUGUUGAAGGUACCAAGGCAGUGAUCAACAGCACAAUAACCCCCAACAUGAUGUUCACAAAGACAUCACAGAAGUUUGGUCAGUGGUCAGACAUGAGAGCCAAUACAGUUUAUGGAUUAGGAUUUUCUACUGAGGCUGAACUCAAUAAGUUCAUAGAGAAGUUCCAGGAGGUAAAAGAGGCUACCAGAUCAGGGAAAACUAAUGGCACAAUAGGUGGUGGUGGAGGUGGAGUUAGUGUUGGGGCGGGGGGUGGCAGCGCUGUGGGAGCCGUGUCUUCAUCCUCAGGCCCUGCCUCUGCCACUGCCUCGCCCCUUACCUCACGAGCCAAGAUCCAACCAGACUCAACAUGUGAAGUCAACACAGUAACUUCAGGUCUGGAUCACCUAGCUCUCGCCAACUCUAAUGACAUUAAUUCCACGCUGCUCAAAUCAUCCCUAGUUGCUCAUCAGCGCUCACAAAGCCUCUCAGGACUGCAGCCGGCAGGAGAAAGCCCAAAGCACAAGCAAGGAGGGGGAGGAGGAGGGGGAGGCGGAGGAGGUGGGGGUGACAAAGUAGGAACGACUGGAGCUGGCAGUAACGUAGAUACUCAGAUGCAGCUCAAAUAUGAGAAUGACCGUCUUAAACUUGCACUAGCUCAAAGUUCUGCCAAUGCUAAAAAGUGGGAGAUUGAAUUAAAUUCAUUAAAAACCACAAAUGCACGAUUAACAUCAGCACUACAGGAAUCCACAGCAAAUGUUGAGGAAUGGAAGAAGCAGCUACAGACAUAUAAGGAAGAGAACAAUCGUAUGAAGACACGUAUUCAUGAACUGGAUGCUGGAGGCCGAAUAGGUAUGGGUGAGUCUGAGGAGCUUAUCAAGGAGGUGGCAAGUCUUCGAGCCAGACUGGAAGGCAUGGAGGAGGAGAUCAGGGCGAGGGAGGCUACCAUUGACGAACUGGAAAAUCAGCUUCAGCGAGCCCGGGCCGAUGACCAGCGCGAGAAAGUACAGCGCCUUAGUGACGAGAAUGAACAGUUACGAAUGGAGACUGCACGUGCCCAGUCUCAACUAGAUGUAGCAAUGUCAACACAAGACUCUCAGCGAGGUGUGGUUGAGAGUGUCAACGUGCAGUUAGGGGAACGUAUCAAAGACCUCCUGGCUCUUCACAGUGAACUGAAUCACCUACUUACUACCUGAGGGGGGUCGGGUCGGGGGCUGCCACCCCACCCACAGCACCGCUCCAAUGCUGGCCAGAGAAAGACGAUUCGCCUUCAGGCUGUCUGGCAUGUCUAGUGAGCGCGGGGAUUAUGGCCGCUUCUGACCUGGAAACACGCUACACUUUUUACUCUCCCCUUUCUGUAAUCCCAGUUUAUCCUUUUUUUUUUUGUAAAUAAUCUGUUAUACCCUGUCAUUCCUCACUGCUAGCCCAGCUUCUUUUUCUUACUUUAUUUCCUUGUCUUGAGAGAAGACAGGUUACUGUGAGCCUCUAGGAACUAUGGGAUGUGUUUAGUAUGUAGACCAAAGCAUUUUAAAUUCACUAAAUUAUUUUUCUUAGUGUUGCAACUUGUUUUUCUUUACCAUUAUCUUCCUGGUAGCUCAUUUUAAUCUUUUUUUGUCAUUCCUAGUUACAUGAUUUAUGAAAACUACCACUAGUAGUCUUAUGUAAGAUCAAAUUAAUACUUCAUUUCUGUAAAUUUAACUUCCCUUUAUUUCUUUGCAUAUUCAAAUGCUGUAUAAAAUUAAAAGUACUCUUAUGCUGCCAAUUCUUUGAGAUAAUUAUUUUUUCUUUUAUAGACUUUUUCUCAACAUUUGGCAAAAUGACCAAUAAUAACCACACACUUUGAUCAUCAGUAUUCUUUAAAUAAUUCAAGGUUCUAUUUGUUGCACUUACAAGUGUUUCUUAGAAAAUGUACUGACUCAAUUCAUGUACUAUUUUAAUGUUCAUCAUCACUAAGGUUUGACCAUUGUUUUAGUAGUUUGGUAAAAAUCAACUUUGUUAGCCUUACUAGAACGCUAACUCGUACAGUCUUCAUUCAGGGCUUCUGAAUGUUAUAUACUAUAGUAUUAUUUAGUUUCUUACCAGGUCUAGUUGUUUCCUCUGUCAGUAGCUUGUUAAAUAUAUUGUUUGUCACUAGGCAGUGUUAUGCUGUUACCAGGCAGUAUUAUGCAGUCACCAGGCAGUGUUAUGCUGUCACUAGGCAGUGUUAUGUUGUCACCAGGCAGUGGUAUGCUGUCAUCAGGUAGUGUUAGGCUGUCACCAGGCAGUGUUGUGCUGUCACCAGGUAGUGUUAUGCUGUCAAUAGGCAGUGUUAUGCUGUCACCAGGUAAUGUUAUGCUAUCACCAGGUAGUGUUAUGCUGUCACCAGGUGGUGUUAUGCAGUCACCAGGCAGUGUUAUGCUGUCACUAGGCAGUGUUAUGUUGUCACCAGGCAGUGGUAUGCUGUCAUCAGGUAGUGUUAGGCUGUCACCAGGCAGUGUUGUGCUGUCACCAGGUAGUGUUAUGCUGUCAAUAGGCAGUGUUAUGCUGUCACCAGGUAAUGUUAUGCUAUCACCAGGCAGUGUUAUGCUGUCACCAGGUGGUGUUAUACUGUCACCAGGCAGUGUUAUGCUGUCAUCAGGAAGUGUUAUGCUGUCACCAGGCAGUGUUAUGCUGUUACCAGGCAGUGUUAUGCUGUGGCACCAGGCAUUGUUAUGCUGUGGCACCAGGCAGUGUUAUGCUAUGUCACCAGGCAGUGUUACACUGUCACCAUACAGUGUUGCACUGUCACCAGGCAGUUUUACACAGUCAUCAGGCAGUGUUACACUGUCAUCAGGCAGUGUUACACUCAUCAGUGUUACAAAGUCAUCAGGCAGUGUUACACAGUCAUCAGGCAAUGUUACACAGUCAUUAGGAAGUGUUACACUGUUACCAGGUAGUGAUACACUGUCACCAGGCAGUGUUACACAGUCAUCAGGCAGUGUUACACUGUUACCAGGCAGUGUUACACUGUUAACCAGGUAGUGUUACACUGUCAUCAGGCAGUUUUACACUGUUACCAGGCAGUGUUACUCUGUUAACCAGGUAGUGUUACACAGUCAUCAGGCAGUGUUACACUGUUACCAGGCAGUGUUACACUGUUAACCAGGUAGUGUUACACUGUCAUCAGGCAGUUUUACACUGUUAACCAGGUAGUGUUACACUGUCACCAGGCAGUGUUACACUGUCAUCAGGCAGUGUUAUACUGUCUUCUUGAUUCUCUCAUAUAUAUAAUUUGAUGUUGAACCAAGCAGUAUAUAUAAAAUUCAGCACAAAUGUAUUUUUUUUUUCAACAAGUCAGCCGUCUCCCACCAUGGCAGGGUGACCCAAAAAGAAAGAAAAUCCCCCCCAAAAAUACUUUCAUCAUCAUUCAACACUUUCACCUCACUCACGUAUAAACACUGUCUUUGCAGAGGCACCCAGAUACAACAGUUUAGAAGCAUAUAUAACAUACCCCUUCAAACUGCCAAUAUCCCAAACCCCUCCUUUAAUGUGCAGGCAUUGUACUUCCCAUUUCUGGUACUCAAGUCCGUUUAUAUAAAAACUGGUUUCCCUGAAUCCCUUCACUAAAUAUUACCCUGCUCACACUCCAACAGCUUGUCAGGUCCCAAAAACCAUUCAUCUCCACUCACUCCUAUCUAACACACUUACACAUGCUUGCUGGAAGUCCAAGCCCCUCGCCCACAUAACCUCCUUUACCCCCUCCCUCCAACCUUUUUUAGGAUGACCCCUACCCCGCCGUCCUUCCCUUACAGAUUUAUACGCUCUCCAAGUCAUUCUACUUUGAUCCAUUCUCUCUAAAUGACCAAACCACCUCAACAACCCCUCUUCAGCCCUCUGACUAAUACUUUUAGUAACUCCACACCUCCUCCUAAUUUCCACACUCCGAAUUCUCUGCAGAAUAUUUACACCAAACAUUGCCCUUAGACAAGACAUCUCCACUGCCUCCAGCCGCCUCCUCGCUGCAGCAUUUGCAACCCAAGCUUCACACCCAUAUAAGAGUGUUGGUACUACUAUACUUUCGUACAUUCCCUUCUUUGCCUCCAUGGAUAACGUUUUUUUGUCUCCACAGGUACCUCAAUGCACCACUCACCUUUUUUCCUUCAUCAGUUCCAUGUUUAACCUCAUCCUUCAUAAACCUAUCCACUGACAAGUCAGCUCCCAAAUAUCUGAAAACAUUCACUUUCUCCAUACUCCUCUCCAAUGUGAUAUCCAAUUUUUCUUUAUCUAAAUCAUUUGAUACUCUCAUCACCUUACUCUUAUCUAUGUUCACUUUCAACUUAACAAAUGUAUGAUGUUAAUUUAUAUAAUUUCCAUAUUAUUUUUAUUAUAACGUCUUCAUGAAAUAAAUGAAAAUCUAUUAUUUACAAGGAAAGAUAAAAAAUAUUCAGUUUUAGUUUAUUUUAAGAUUAUUAAUUGAAUCUCAGAUAAAUUACAAGUUUUUUACUUUUCUCACAAGUAAUCACCCAAAUGUGAUUUGGAGGUACAUAGUUAAAAGUGGACUUACUUGCGCUCAAUACUUAUUUAACAACUGGCUGGUUUUGCAGCCUUAUUUUAUGAUAUACUGUUUAACAUUAAUAGGAUUUUACUGUAUAUCACUCUUUCUCUUUAUAUAUAUAUAUUUUUUUUCAACAAGCCAGCCAUAUCCCAUCAAGGCAGCAUGACAUGCACACGCGUGCGUGCACACACACGAAUCACAAGGAUAUUAGGAAGUAUUUCUUCAGUCAUAGAGUUGUCAAAAAAAUAGAAUAAUCUGGAGUUUGAUACAGUGGAAGCUGGAGCAGGAUCAGUAACUUUAAGAAGAGGUAUGAUACAGCUCAUGGAGCAGGGAGAGAGUGGGCCUAGUAGCAACCAGCAAAGGGGUUGGGCCAGGAGCUGUGACUUGACCCCUGGAACCACAAAUAGAUAAGUACACACACACAUGCACCUGCACAUUCAUAUACAUAUCUAUGUACAUACACAUGUGCACAUGCACACGUAUUAAAAUAUGAUUUAAAAAGAAAAUAUUAUGAAAUGUUAACAGAUAUUAAGGUAUUUUAAAUUACUGAAUAAGGUUAUACAACUGUGAAAAAUAUAAUGAAGUAAACUUGCAAAACUGUGGUUGGAACAAUUCACAUCUAACCCAAAAACAGGUAGUGAAAUGGUCUCUCCUGGACCAGUGCUAUAUGUGUGUAUAUAGUAUAUAGGCUCUGAGAGGUGUGUGUGUGUCUUUGUAUAUGCUGAGGGUUUACAUUAAUCAGUAUUUUAGGUAUUAAAGUAUUCUUGACUGGUGGUGAACAGGUUACAUGCAACCUUAAUGACCCUUGUAUAGUUGAUAGGUUUUAAACUCCAUUAACCAAGUGCUAAAAUGUUAACCUUCAACAGCAAUUCUAAUUAAAAGUUGGAAAUAAUUUGAAAACAAAGAAGUUCACUGAACCACCUGGAGUGAUGUUUAGGCUCUUCAUUGUGAUUUUUGUAAUUACUGGCGUAUCUCUAGGAAUCUUGGGGAACUUUCAGGAGAGCUUUUGACAUUACCGGUAUAAUGGGAUUUUUAACUUAUGACGACUUUUUUUGGCCUUGGUGUAAUAGUAUUUAUUUGUGUUAUGUGUUUUACUCAUUUUAUCUUUUUACUGCUUGUUCUUAUGCAUUUUGCAUUUAGUUUUUUAUUAUUAAAAGUACUCAUUGCUAACUCUGGUCAAAAAGUGGUCUUCCAGUUUCACUAAGAACUACCUACUGUAAGAAGAGAUUGUGAGACCAAUAGGCCAUGCUAUCUGAACAAGCAUCUCUUGAACAAAGAAAGGAUUUAAACUUAUUGGGUGAUCAUUGGCUAGGCUGUAGUCCUAAUUCCUGAAAGUGGUCAUUUAGAUAAUACUUGAGUCAUUCUGUAGGGAUUACCUUGAUGCUUUACAUACAUAUGAGAGUAUAGUGAUACCAGCACUUGCAUAUAUAUCAUGCAUGGUCUUUAAAUGUUGAAGCAAGGAGGGAGAAACAUCUUAUGUUUGACAACGGUGUGGGGUGAAUAAAAAGCAGUGAAAUAUCCCCACCUCUCUUUCAAAUUGCAGGCACUUAGCUUCUGUCUCAAGCACUUAGAUCCAGUUAACCAGUUUUUCCUGAGUCCCUUCAGAAAUGUUGCCAUGCUCACAGCUGACACUUCAACAGCACAUGAAAUCCUUAAAACCAUAGAUCUCUACUCUGCUCUAACUAAUGCCUGCUAUAUCUUCAAGCACUUAGCAAUCAAAACCUCUUUCACCCACUUAGCAAUCAAAACCUCUUUCACCUCAUCCCUGUAACCUCCCUGGAAUGUCCCUUACCCCUCCUCCUCCUAUUCACCCUGGAUUUGUCAAUCCUUUGGGUCAACUUAUCUUACUUGGUCUUUACUAAAUGACCAGACCAUUUCAGCAACCUCCCCUCUGCUCUUCGAAGUACAUCCUUCAAACCACCGUACCACCGCCUAAUUUUUACACUCAUUCUCUACAUAAGGUUUACACUACUCAUUGUGCUCAGAUUUAACAUCCAGCUUCUUCCUCGGUUCAUUUUUUCAAAGACCAUGCCAUUGGAACCACUACUCAGUACUCUGGUACAUUCCCAUUUUUGCCUCCACUGAUAAACAACCCUCUUUCCACAAAUGCUUCAACACUCCACAUCUUUUGUUAUACCCUCACCUGUUUUAUGAUUCAUUUUAUCUUUCAUACACCCAUCUGCUAGCACAUCUACUUGUAAAUCUCUAAAAUACAUUCAGUUAUUACAUACUCAUCCCUCCAAUCUUUUAUUUACUUACCAGAGUUUUUAUUUACUCGUCUCGCCAUGCUUUUUUUUUUGUGCUACCUUUCAACUACCUUCUUCCGCACAUCCUACCAAACUUCUUUACUUUCCUUUGCAACUUCUCUUUGGAAUCUCCCAAAAGUACUGUGUUAUCAGCAAAGAGUAACUGUGACAACUCUGACACUUCACUUCAAGCUCAUUAUACUUUAAGCCCACACCUUAUAACACACUAGCCUUCACCUCUUUUACAACCCUACCUAAAAAUAUAUUAAACAGUUAUGGCAACAACACACAUCCUUGUCUAAAUCUUACUUUUAAUGGCAAAUAGUUUCUUUCUCUUCUACAUACUCUAACCUAAACAAUAAUAUUUUAUAACCUACCACUUAUUUUAUUCAUUUGAAAUGCCUGCCACAUCAUUUCCUAAUCCACCCUAUACCUGGGGUAUACCUGGAGGGUGUUCUGAGGGUUAGUGCCUUUGUGGCCCAGUCCAUGACCAGUUUAUCAUGUUGUUUUUCUGUAAUUUGAUAACAAAAGCAAACUGUUAGUUACCUUUACUCAAAAUUACUUAUUUAUAUGCAUUAAUGGUCAACAUAUCUUCUGCCCUUCCUAAAUCUUCCAUGUUCCUCUCCAUUCCUGCUUUGUGUUUUAACCCUAACUCUUUCACUGAUGAUUCUACUGUUUAAACAGACUUGUUUCCUUGUAAUUCUUGCUCACAAGCUUGGCCUAUUAAUGAUUAAAUAUUCAAGUUGUAAGGGAUAGAGCCUCAUUUGUAUACAGGUUAUCUUGUUAGAUGGUUCACUGGGUUGGGACAGAAAAUUACAAUAUUUCUAUUAGGUUUUCAUCCUGUUUAAAGUUUUUUUGCUGGUGGUAGUAUUUCUUAUUUGUUUCUUUAAAAGCUGAAAGAUAAAUUUUGAGGUCCAAAUAUAAAUUUACAAUAGAAAUGCAGUAACCCUUUGAUCUAAUGGAUCUUAAUAUACCAGACUUCAGAAUUAAGGGACAAAAUCCAGUGGGUUAAUAGAUUCAGAAAUAGAAGACAAAGCUUAGUUGGUUACAGAAUGCAGCUUUUGAAGCCUUUGUAAUAUUUUUCUGUUACAUGAAGGACCUCUGUAGAAGAGAUAAGAAUAUCAGUGCAGAGAUGAGAGUUUCACAGCAGUUGUGAAAUGGUCAGAAAAUUUUUAAGCAGAGAUAGCACUGUUGAACUAGGACAUAUACAGUAGCUUUUUUUUCUUAUUAACGCAUCGACCAUUUACUACCAAGGUAAGGUAACAUAAAGAAAGUAACACAUUUAUCGCCAUACAUUUGAUAGCUGUCUUUCCACAAGUGCAUAUGCAUCACAAUACAAAUAACUCAGAAGUGCAACAUCCCUAUCCACCUCCAGAACUCAGUAGAUAUAAGGCUUAUUUUCUUUUCUCGUGCAGCAGGGACAUUAUUUUUUUGAAGUGGAAUUAGAACUUUUGUAGUGGAAAUAACUCUUUGUGCAAGAGAUAGGAAAUUUCUAAGCAGAGAUAGUGUUUUCAAAGUGGGAGGUAGAAUUGGUAAGUGGAGAUGAGAUAAUAUUUUUGUAGUGGAAAUAGGACUUUUGUAGUAUUGGUAGAACUUUUCUAAUGUUUAUAGAACUUUUGUAACGAGUAGAGCUUUUGUAAUAUUGUACUGAUAGAAUUUUUUCAAUGACGAUAGAACUUUUGUAGUUUUUUGCUUGUAGCAGAUAUUGUGUAAUACUUUUUUCAUGACAAUAAGAUGCACACAAAAAAACACACAUUCCCAAUGUAUUUUAAUCCAAAACUGAAAUAUGUGGAGAUAGUGUGGUUUCCAGACCUAGAACAAACAUGAGGACAAGGUAGAAAAAACUGAGAACAUAAAACAAAAUAUACCCCAGAUCUAAAAAAAAAAAAAAAAAAGAGGCAGGAUACCCUCAUGCAAGAUCAUAAAGUUCUACAAGAAAACUGAUAAUGAGGAUUUGUAAAUAGAGGAAAAUUAAAGAAAAAUCAGAGCUUAGCUCUGCUUUUGUAGGUAGAAACAUGUAAAUUGGUAACUACAUAUACACUGCAUUUAUGACUUAUAAAGAUAGCUCCCAGUAGCAUUCCAUGUGAAAGACUGAUACGAAAACAUCAAAAUGUAGGAGAAUUAUAAUGCAAACUAUUUGUGGCUGAGAUAUGUUAUGGUUAAGGAAAAUGCAGCACUGAUAUGAGGUAAAAUGCCCUCAUGGAUUAAUGUUACUAGUGGAGCGCCUCAAGGAUUACAAUAGUGCUUGACUUAAUGAUAUUUCUAACUUACACAAAUGACUUGCCAGAAUGAAAAAAAAAAAAGUAAAGUUGUAUGUAGAUUAUGUGAAGAUCAUACAUAAAAUAAGUAGUAAAAAUGCAGAAAGACUUAAAAUAGACAUGAAUUGAAAGAUGGAUGAUGAAGCUUAAUGUAGACAGAGGCUAUGUAAUGUAAAUAAAAGUAAUAAAAAACAGGCCACUCGAAGAAUGCAAAUUGUGAGAAAAUAAUAAACCCAUCAGAUAAAGAGAGGUACCUAGGAGUCAGUAUUGACAAAAGAUUAUUGCCAGAUCACAUUACCUUUAAGAAACUUAUUUGGGAUUAUGUAGCUGUAGUGUGGUUUCCUUGUGUAAAAAAAAAAAACAGGCAUUUUAAAAAAAAAUUAAAGGUGUGCUGUAAAAUAACUUCCAGAGCUGAAAAAAUGAAUUAUGAAGAAAGACUGGAUGUAUUAGGCAUGGCCACAUUACCUGACAGAAGGAAAGAAGAAAUAUGAUAGCCACACAUAAAAGGAUGUGAACAUUGAAAUGGAGAGCAAGAAGCCAUAGCUAAAAACCUAGGAAGAAUAUGUUAUGAAAGAAUACUGAAAAGUUCUUCACAAUUAGAAGAGAAAACUGAAAGAGUUUAAAGAAGAGGUAAUAAAUGAUACAUUAGUUAAAUGCUUUAAAAAAUUAAAUAGUAAAUUGAAAUAAAAAGCUUAGCUCUUCUGUAAUUAGCUGUUAGUUAGUUUUUUAGUGGGCGGUAGUCAAAAGAUUACAGAGGUACAUAAUUGGUCCAGGGACUGGACUCCAAAGUUUUGAUAGCUGAGCAAGUUACAGAGGUAAUGAGCUCACAAUUUACAAAGCUGUUUUAUUAACAACUUGUAGCUAUAGUUGUAUAUGUAAGUCUGUGGUGUCUUGUCUGAAAUAUUUAAUGCACUGUUUAAUUUUUUGUAUAAUUUAAAGUGAUUGUACCACUCACUACCUCUUGUAAACCAUUGCAUUGAUCUGUUAUAGUUUGUGAAGAAAAGCUUCAUAAUAUCCUUUCAGCAGGUCUUCUUCCUUAGUUGAAAGUUAUGUCCUCUUGUUGUUGUACCAGUUGAUGGGCUGAGUAAGUCUCCCUUGCCAAUUCAUAUCCUUUAAUAAUUGCAUAUGUGGUUAUCUUCUCUUUUCCUCCUAUCACUCAGAUUUAGCGUAUUCAGAAUUUUAAGUCUUUCUUCAUAAGUCACUUUUUUUUGAGUACUGAGAGUCAUUUCAUAGCUUUUUUUCUUUUGUAGUGUUAUCACGUAUGUUUUAGGUAAGGACACCAUACUACUGCUUCGUAUUCUAAUUUUUGGUUUUACAUGUGAAAAAUUUUUUCAUCAUUUUUCCAUCCAUAUACAGGAUGAGUCCCCAACAUCUGAAUGUGUUGCUUUCCUAGUUUUCAAAUUUACAAAUGACUUUUUUUUCUGACCAUAAAUCUAGUUCCCAGUAGAAAAAAAUAGUCUAAAGGAUGAUUUUUGUGUUUUACGUGUUUGUCACUGAUGAUUGACAAUCAUAAAACAGUUAAUUUUUUUAAUAUUAUGGCUAAUGGCCUUUGUGGCUUAGCGCUUCUUUUUUAUUAUAAUAAUAAUAAUAAUGGCUAAUGCACCUUGUUCUUAAGUGUGAAUCAUCAUAACUUGGAUGUUUGUAAAAUGGUGGUCCCUUCAUUUUCUCUGUAUCUAAAUAAUAUCCUAAAGUUGGCCAUUGUUGCAUAAGUGUUUCUCAUUUUCACUUAUAUGAUUUUCCAGUGACAAGUUUUUAUCAGUGAUGUCUCUUAGGUCCCUCUUUUCAUCUGAUGACUUCAAUAUUUUAUUACAUUUUUAUGUUCUUCAUGCGGGCAGCUUCCACUGUCUCCAUUUCUAUUACGUGACUUUUUCCACAAUAAAUUCCGUCACCCAUCUCCCAUGCCACUUGUUCAAUCUAUUGAGGUCUUCCUGCAGGAAUACAUAGUCAUAUAGAUUACUCAUCUUUCAGGUAAUUUUACAAACACACACACACACACACACACACACACACACACACACACACACACACACACACACACACACACACACACACACACAUACACAUACACAUACAUUCAUUCAUUCACUCUGUUAUUAUUAAUAGAUUUUUUUUUUUUUUUUUUUUUUUUUUCAACAAGUCGGCCGUCUCCCACCGAGGCAGGGUGACCCAAAAAAGAAAGAAAAUCCCCAAAAAGAAAAUACUUUCAUCAUCAUUCAACACUUUCACCACACUCACACAUUAUCACUGUUUUUGCAGAGGUGCUCAGAAUACAACAGUCUAGAAGCAUACACAUAUAAAGAUACACAACAUAUUAUUAUUAAAGUACCCUUAGGAACCAAUGACCACAGUGCUGAGUUUUCAUUAUUUAGUGUAGCUGGGAAUUUAGGAGAGAAUGAUGUGAUGGGUUACUGAGAGGUCAAUUUACAAAGAGGAGACUACACAAGAAUGAAAGAAUGCUAAGUUGGAGUGCCAUGUGAAAGUCAAUUUUAUGAACAGUUCCCUUCAGAAUGAUGGAAUGCCUUGUAUAAGAGUGCACAAUACCAUAACUAGAACAGUACAUGAAUAACCUGCACAUAGGAGAAAGAAACUUUUGAUGAUGUUUCUGCCAGAGUCAGACUGAAACAUUGUCAUGAGUUUCUUUCUCCUAUGUGUGAAUUAUUUGUGUACUCAUACCUGUCAAAGGAACUGAAAGUGCAAAACACAAGAGAGAGAGAGAGAAAAGAGAAAGAUAGAAAAGAGAGGACAGAGAACAGAGAAAAGAAGAGAGAGACAGAGAGAGCAUUGUUUUAACCAGAGUUGUGAAGAAGCCAAAAAUAAAAGUAUAAGGACAUGGAAAGUGUAUAUAGUAUAUAAAUAAUAAAUAACAGAGUGAAGAUAUGAAGAGAGCAAGGAAGGAAGAUGCAUGUUGCAUAUUGGGAAAUCAACACUUUAUAUUGACAAGAUCCUUGUGGGUUUAGUACAUAAUUUCAAUUGUUAUAAUAAAAAUUUAUAUUGAUGAGCAACAUUUGUCAGUAACUUAAAACGUUUUAAAUUGCUAAUUCAGUAUUUUUCUUAUGUUAGUAAUUCAACAUUUUUUUAUGCUGGUAAUACAACAUUUCAUCACUUCCAAACUGAAUUGAAGACUAGUGUAGUGACUACUAAGCAGUAUGUACCUGCUAAAUAGAUGAGUACAAAUAGGUGAGUACUGUCUUUGCAGAGGUGCUCAGAUACGACAGUUUAGGUGUCCCUCCAAACUGCCAGUAUCUCAAGCCCCUCCUUUAAAGUGCAGACGUUGUAUACUUUCCAUUUCUAGGACUCAGAUCCAGCUAACCAGUUUCCCUGAAUCCCUUCACAAAAUAUACCCUGCUGACACUCCAACAGCUCAUCAGAAGAUAAUUGGCAUACAAUAUUAAUUUAAAUGUACGUACAUAAAUGUAAUAUUUUGAAUAAGAGACUUCAUGGAAAAUCUUGAACACUUGCCAGAUUUUAUAUAAUUACUGUGCUACUACUAUAUUUUCUAUAUUUUCUUCUUUAUAUCCUCUUCUUGCCAAACAUUUUUGAUGCGUAGAGUGUAAACAAGAGCAUAACACUGUCUUUGGUAAUGGAUGUGAUUAGUAAUAUACGUAAUAAGUAAAACAAUAUUUUAGCUAAUAUGAUAGGAAAAAUGUGGGUAAUGAUGGUGAACAUUAAAAUAGCAUGAGAAAUCCAGAGAAUUAUACUGUCGCUAGGAAUAUACUUUGUGUGGGGUCAGCGUUAGAUACAUUCGCAAUAUAUUCACUAAAAUUUCUUCUAGUGCUAAAUGACUCCCCACAGUUUUAACACUUUUACUGGAUGUAUUCCUUUAUCAUACCUCUUUUCCUUUGAUAACAGAAAUAAGGAAAUUUUUAAAGGAUGACAAAAUAGUAUGUUUAGCAAUGUGGUUGUUAUUCUGUGUUUUAAAAAAAUUCUCAAAGAAUACACACUUGCUUCAGUGUUAUUAAUUUUGUUAUGCAGCAUGUAAUAUCUAUAAUAUAUAUGAAUAUGCAGAAAUACUUAAAUUUCAUUGCAUUAUGCAUAAUUAGUGUUUUUAUUCUUGUCUCAACCUAAAUUUUCAGUUGUUGAUCAUUCUCUUAAAUUUAUAUCAUACCUCAUUGAGGGUAAGGACUCUGCUUUUUGUUUCUCCUUGGACAUCUACAGUAUUAAGCCUAAUAACUGUAUUGAUCAAGAAUAAUGAGAUAUAAUAGUUUUUUAUUAUUUGUGGAGCCUCGCAGGUGGUGAGACAGUCUUCCUGAAAAAAUGUGAUUGUUCUAUCACCCAUAUUCUUUAAUUGAUAAGAGAUUUGAUAAAAAUAGUCUCCAUAGAAACUGCUGGUAUGCAUGACAUUUUUGACAAGUUUUAAUUAGUAUUUAAGGUCUUAAUAGUACUUAUACUGAAUAUUUUAAUUAGCUAUGUAACAUGUUGCAAACUUGCAACAGAUGUGCACAAGAAGAACACAAUUUUUGUAGAUGAAUUUAAAAGAGUUUGCCAGUACAGUUGGUAUGAUGGCUUAUCUAUCAUGUUGUGUGGGUGUGGAUUUUAUUUAGAUUAAUAUUAUUCUUGAACAGAACAAGUUAAAAUAAUUUUCCAUCUCAUCUUUAGACAGCAGUGAUGGCACAGAGAUUAAGAGAGACCACAGUUUGUCCAUAUUUAUAAAUAUUUUAGAAUGAGAAGAGUAUUGUACCAACAAUUUUUAAAAAUAGUAUUUUAAAAAUCUUGAUUUGGGGAAGAACAUUUACAGUAUCAUGCAAAUUUUCAUAAUCUUUUUUUUUUUUUUUUUUUUUUUACAUUCAGAGGUAAACCUUGGACUCUUGCUACUGCAACAGUGUUUCUGAAAAAAUGGAAAAAGACUUUGUCUUAUAAUUAUUCCAUAGUGAGAAACUGAGAAUAUUAAAUACUAUACUACCUUGUCAUAUUACCAUGAAUACUUUUUUUUCCAUCUCUUUUUAAAUUGAUUUUUGACCCUCCUUCAUUGAAUUCCUUGAACUAUUAGAAAUAUUAGAAUAACACAAUUUUAUCUUAAUAAAAAAAAUGUACUUUUUCUUGUCAACUUAUUCCUGUUUGCUUUAUGCCUGAUGAAAGCAGUAACAGGAAUUUAUUGAAGUUUAAAGUAGAUGUCAGGCAAUGUUGAUGUGGUUUUUUGAAGAGAUUCAUACUGUUGGUUGUUAAGAUUAUUUCCUAGCACAGUUAGUUAUAACCAUGAAAAAAUAAUGGAGUUGAUAUAUUCUGAGUUUUUACAAUUAGCCAAACUAGAUGAUAAUGUGUAAGGGAGAGUAUAUUUGCAUAUGUAGCAUAUUUCAAGUGUGGCUACUUGAUAUGUUUACUGAUAUUACCAUUGUAUAACUUUCUCAGGUUUUCAUAUAGAUCAGUUUGUUGUGCAUUUUAAAAAGGGAUGUAUUUCACCAAUGAUUUAUUUGUCCUUGGUCUUGCCACCUGUUGGCUGCUUACUCUAAUAUACUUGUUUGAAUAUCUAAUCUUUUCUAAUCUACAUUAGAUAGCCUACAGCAGUAAUGUCCCUCAUAUUGAUCACUCUGUGCAUUUAUAUCUUGAAAGGUUUUGGUUAGGUUUCUAGUAUCUGAACUAUACAAUGUCUUCCUCUCAAUUCAUUUAUGUUACACAGUAUUUCAAAACAACUUCAAACAAUUCUAAAAUAUUUUCAUUGACUCUACCAUUGCAUGAUGAUUUUGUUUCAUUUGGUAACAAUCAGUGAAAAGAAUUCUUUGUGUUUGCCAUCCAGAUUCCUGUGAGCUCCCUGCCCCACCACACAGCUCUACUCCCCUCACCAUCCCUUGACUAUCUUGUCUCUUGUUAGCGUGUCUCGGAAGAAGCUGCUCAAGGCCCAAAGAACACCUUUUAUAUUUGUAAAGUUAAGCAUUUUUAUUUAUCUAUUGUAUUAUACUUUUGUUUUAAGCAGUCAUUUUUUUUGAAGAGUGUACAUCAAUAUUGAGUUUGUACUUAAGUUCUAAAGACCCAUGUAGGUUUAUGAGGUAAUGUAUGUUUUAGGUUAUUGAUAUUUACUAACAUGUGGUUUAUUUUUGUGAGUACAAAUGUCUUUUUUUAUCUGAUAUUGUAAAUAUUAUUUUCUCUUUAAAUUAGUGAUGUUAAAUAGGUUUCUUGGUAUCCAGAUACUGGUCAGAGUCUGUCAUAUUAAAUGUAAGCUUCAUGUGUAAUUCCAUUAUCCAUGUCAUAUCAAACCAACCUAAGCAAGUAAUCUCUUCUUUGUAGUUUAAUUUAAUAUUUUCCAUAUGGAAAAGAGGGAGUAAUUGUAAUACUCUAUGAAAAUAUAAUUUCUUAUGUAAUUUUAUGUUAACUGUAUUCUUCAUUUGAGUAAUAAUGUAUAGUAUUGCUUUACUUACAAUAUGAGCAUCGAUUAGAUUAUGUAAAUGUAUGACCAUUUUUAAAGUUUGUGUGUAUAUUUAAAUAUUUAAAGUUAACUUAGUUGCUCUGAUAUACCUGAUAUAUUGUUGUAUUCUUUACCAUCAAAUAUUUUAGAGAUUUCAUUUAGUCAUACUUUCUUCUUGCUUCUGUAUUUUUGUAGUUUGUCUAUGUCAUUGUGUCAGUGAUAAUUUGUCCCAUGGACAUUGCAGAUGUCUUUUAAUUGAACCCUAAGUGUAUAAAUAGGAAGAGAUAACUGUGCCUGGGAUUGUAAUCCAUUGAUGAUACUGUAUUUGUAGCUGCAUAGGGUCUCAACAAGUCUAAAUUGAACUGUUAAUGCUGAUGGAUAAUAAGUGUGUUACUGCAGAGAGGUGCAGUUAAUGAUGUGAUUUUCAACUGAACAUUUGUGCAGUCUACCUCGAAUUGCAGCACAAUCUUCACCCAUUUCUUGGGAUGUAAAGUGCAGUGACUAAUGAUUGAGACAUGUUAGUGGUUAUAAGUAUAUCUGGUGAAUAUGACUGGUCAGAGAUAAUAGAGACAUGUCUAAUGAGUGUCAGAGUAUAUUAUAGGAAUAACCAAUGAUUAAGAUAGGUUAGGGAAUUAUAAUUGCAUGUGUGAUUUUUGUAUAAAAUAUUUUACAACAUGACCUAUAAGAUAUAGUACUUUAUAAUAUUUUAUACAAGCCAUUGGAUGUCAUAUGUGACUGAUGAUUCAUGUAGCAGAUUUUGUAGUGUUGUAUGAAGAACAGAUUUACUUGUAAUGUACUUAAUAUAUGAGCUGAAAAAAAUAUUUGAUCUUUGAACAAAAAAAUCUAAUGUAUAUUUGCAAAUAUAUAUAUAUAUAUAUAUAUAUAUUUGCAAAAAGGAAAAGAUGAUAAUUCUUUAAUCCAUGCAAAUACAGGAGUGAUGUGAAUGACAGAGUGAUGGAGUUAAGUCAGUUGGUGACUGGAUGCAAAUUCAGGAGUGGUUUGAUUGAAGGAUGGAGUUAAGGCAGCUGGUGAUGUGAUGUGUGUACUUAUAGGAAAAUGUUGCUCUUCAUGUACAUUAUGAGGACACACGGUCCUCUUUUGAACAGUAAACAUUAAAGUCUUAACAUAGGCACACAGAUCUGUCUCAUUCAUUGUCCACAACUGUAGACAUCAGUUGCCAAAAGUAGCAUUAAGUAUGACUGGACAUAGCCUUUCUAAUUAAAAAAAUGACCAUAUAUGUAUUUAUUUAAGGCUGCUGUAUAGACUGGUAACUACCAAAGUGUAGUCUUUAAUGAGACCAAAUUUUGUACAUCUGUAGAGGAUCACAUCUCAGGCACAGUGGCAAAUGGUUGUUCUGGGAGUUGUGUAUAUAAACUGUUUUGUUAAAGUGGAUCAGUGGAAAAUAGUAUCAACCCACUGAAUGUAUGGUUGAGUUGCACUUUCAGUGGUGCUUUGAAGUCAACUUCAUAGUUAGUAUUUUCACCAUAAACCAGGUUAAUUCCAUUGUUAUGGAAUGUGGAACUUUACCUUACAUCAGUGUAUGUUUUUAUUAUUUUUGACUGAGUCACACUGCUGUAUGUUCCCUCAUCCUUGUCAUUGUAAUGUUGUGUGUCACUGUUGACAGUGUGUGAACAUGUUUUUGCCCCCCCUCCCCCACAUCUGUUGAGAAGUUUGUAUAUAUAUAAUACUCAACUUUUUUAUCUUGUCCUUACGUAAUCUUACAGUCAGUCAGUUUAACCGCUGCCAGUUUUAAAAUAGCUUUUGCUCAGGCUUAGAAAGUUUUCACCUCAAUUAUUGUCAAAGACAUUCUACAUAUGUUAUAGAAUUUGUAGACAUACGCUUUUAAAUUUGAAUUUGACUGCUGUUAGCAUUCCAUAGUAAGCCCUCAAGCUUCUGCUUGCUUUAUAAUAGCAGCAAAAAGUUCAUUGUGCAACAAGCUUAUGAAAGUGUGUUUUUUUUUUUUUUUUGCAGGGUAAUUAUUACAGUGUAUGACAGUCUUCAGAAAUGGCAAAUUAAAGCCAUGAAAGUCAUCCACAAAGUUCUUUGUUUUAUGACAUUGCACAAAAUGGCUAUUAUGUGUGUCUUGGUCUAUUUCUUUCACGAUGAUAAUGUUCUUGCAAUUUGAUCUGCUUUAAUAUGUUUUAUAAAGAAGUCUACAUGAAUGACUCCAUGUUGCAGCUAUGAGUGUUACAUUGGAUGGUAUAGGCACUUGUGAAGGGUAUUGGGAGUGAAGCAUCAAAGGGUAUUUUGCAUGUGUUCAUUGACUUCCUAGGUGUUAGUGAGUGUUCAGUCAUGUUGAUGCAUUAGUGCACAAGUGUUCUCUUCUCCUCAGUGGUAGCUCACGUUGGCUUCAUCCCUCAGCCCCGUCAACGACACAAAUAUCUGAAGCUGGAAUUGGCCGGAAACUUCUGUAGCACGAUACCAAGUAAACACAGUGUUCAGGUGACAAUAAAUUUCACCUUCAGCCCCAUCAGUAAUACAAAUAUGUGAAGCUGUGUUAUGAUGCAAGUGUCACAAACACUGAUCAUUGAACAGGUGAAUCCCACACGGCUGGAAAUUUAGAUAUGGAGUAAAAUGAAUCCAUAUAUUUCAGACUAGAGAGAGCCUCCUCAGCUGAGGAGAGUCUAUGAUUGAGUCUGAAAUGUUCAGUUCCUUUUCAUGUUGUGUUUGAUUUUUCUGUCUAUGUGGGGUACACUUGUUCAUCUAGCACUGUAAUUGGGUAAAAACUUAUGCAACACAAUGCCACAGUAAACAGUUUUUAGGUGACAAUAAAUUUACCAGGCUAAGCCUAAGGGCUUAGGAGGCUGUAAGAGUGACCAAUCAUUGUUCUCAUUAUUAUUAUCAGAUGUAAUACAAUGUGAAUACAUGUAUUACAUGACUUCUGGCAUGAGACAACUUACAGUUUCAUUUUGGGCUUUAAUGUUGUUUACCCUUGACAGGUUUUGGUUUUGUCUUAAGAUUUAAAUCUUAUUACAGCAGAAAGGUAUUUAAAUGGCAACUAAAGACAGUCAUAAAUAAUGCAUUUAUUGUAUGAGAGGUGAAAUCUCCACUACUAGUUUUUUAAGGUGUUAAUAAUGAAUUAUUAUGAUCUGUGUGUAUACAUACAUGCAUAUACAUGCAUACAACCAUUCAUACAUACAUACAGCCAUUCAUACAUACAUACACACAGUUCAGAUUCCCCUUCAAACUGCAAAUAUCCCUACCUCUUCUUCAGAGUGCAGGCACUGUACUUCCCACCUCCAGGACUUGAGUCCAGUUUUCUUGAAUCCCUUUACAAAAUGUUACCUUGCUCACACUCCAACAGCUCAUCAAAUCCCAAAACCUGUUUGCCUCCACCCACUCCUAUGUAACAUGUUCACACGUGUGUAUGUAAUUUUGGUUGCCAGGUGGGAAAGACUAUGAAAUUUUCAUAGGACUUUUAUUGUCAGUGUUAAAUCCUUUACCGUCAUCAGGAAUCAUAUUCUGGAACAUUAUGUAAUAAUGUACAGCUCUAUAUUUUUUUUCAACACUGGUCAUCUACCACUGAGGCAGGGUGACUCGAAAAGGAAGAAAACACAAAGCUUUUCUUCUAUUUACAUUUAGUAAUUUGUACAGGAAAAAAGGGUUACUAGCCCUUUGCUACUGGUAUUUUAGUUGCCUCUUACUACAUGCAUGGUUUAUGGAGGAAAGAUUUUUGCCCACUUUCCCAUUAGCAGAACAUGAGAAAAUUUUAAAGCAUUAUGUAAACAAUGAUGAUGAUGAUGUAUGUCAUGCAUGAAUCAUUGAAUAUAAACUGAAAAUUAAACUCCCCAAAAACUCACUCAAUAUUGUCAGUGUUGGUUCUUGUGUAAGUGCCCUUUAUGUAGUCCCUUUCAUUUAGGCAUUAUGUAACUAUUAUAAUAGCGUAUGCUAAGCUCUUGUGUGUGUGACUGAUACAACUCCAGGUGUCGCCUAGGCAAUCCUGACCUGGCUCCUGAAUGAGGGGGACAUGUAGAUGCUUGCCCUCCUGCCAACCUUCAUUGAACCCUGGCCUAAGUUGUUUGUUAUGUAAACACUAUUUUUUUUUUUUAAUCCAAAUUUAAAUGUGCUUUAGCUAUAAUUUAAAGAUUAUCUGGACUUGGUGGAUGAUUAUGAGAUUCAGACUGAAUUCUGAUAACCAAAGUGGUUUGGCUAGAGGAGUAAGGCUCCUACAAGAUAUUUCCCUAUACUCACACACUCAUAGUCUUAAAAUUCUAGAGACUACUUGCUACAUAUCUAAUAUCACAAUUAGAACAAGUGAGCUGAUGCAAAACUAUUUAACACGGAAAAACUGCAAUAGGAUCUUUCAACCUUAAAUGGCUGCCAGUAGUGAGUUUGCAAAAAUGGAUUUAAAUUUAAUAAUUGGGGAACUGAACUAACUUAUAAUAAUUUUGAAUAUUAUUUACUGAAGCAAACAUCUUGAGGAACUGUAACCAAAGAUAUUUUGUUAGAAAACUUAUUUUCCAAGAAUGAUUUCAAAAUUUUCUAAAGUAAUGACAGUACAUAGUUAUUACUGAAGAAAAAAUUCUGCAAGAAUUUAACUUCACCAAAUGCAGACUAAGUGGAACAUAAUAAGUAUCACUUAUCGAUUAAAGUUUAUAUGGCAUUUCUUUCCAUUAACUUGGUACAUUGCAUAGAAAGUGUAUACUUUAUCCUAUAAAUAUUAUGUCAUAGUAUUCUGUAUCAAGGAAGGUACCAUUAAUAUGCUCAGUAUUAACAUCAAGAAAUGAUAAGCUAUUAUUAUUUUUUUUAUCCACUGUGAUUACAGUAAUUUUGUGCUUCGAGUUUAAAUAAAUCCUAAAUAAGUCUACCCGAGGUUUACCUGGAGUUUACCGACCCCAGUGGGUCGGUCUGAGACCAGGCCUCAUGGUGGAUCUGGGUCUGAUCAACCAGGCUGCUACUGCAGGCUGACGUAUGAACCACAGCCCGGUUGGUCAGGUACUGACUUUAGGUGCUUGUCCAGUGCCUUCUUAAAGACACCCAGGGGUCUAUUGGUAAUCCCCCUUAUGUAUGCUGGGAGGCAGUUGAACAGUCUUGGGCCCCGGACACUUAUUGUGUUGUCUCUCAGUGUACUCGUGGCACCCUUGCUUUUCAUCGGGGGAAUGUUGCAUUUCCUGCCAAGUCUUUUGCUUUCAUAGGGCGUGAUCUUUGUGUGCAAGUUUGGUACCAUUCCCUCCAGGACGUUUCAAGUGUAUAUUAUCAUGUAUCUCUCUCACCUGCGUUCCAGGGAAUACAGAUCAAGGACUUUCAACCGUUUCCAGUAAUUUAGGUUGGUAAAGAUGAGAAAAUUCUUGGAUAUUUGCUGUUUAGAGGGAUGUCUAAACUGCUGUAUCUACAUGCUUCUAGCAAGACAGUGAUAGUGUGAAUGAUGGUGCAAGUGUUUCUUUUUCAGGUCACCCUGCCUCAGUGGGAGAUGGCCAGUGUGUUCAAAAAAAAAAAAAAAAGCAGUUGACCCUUUUGAACCUAUUAUUUAAAUUAGAGGUUAAACUUAACUGUUGCCUGUGCAAACUUAAGAAUAAUAAUCAGACUUUACAAGUUAAUUAUGAAAGAAUUUAUAGUUCUAGGUCCUUCCCUGUUAUUACAUAUGGAGUUCCAAAAAUCCAUAAACAGUUCUUAGUCAUAGUUCUGCAGGUUUUGACAAGAAAUCAAUAUACUUUUUUUUUUUUUUUUUUUUUUUUAGCACACUGGCUUUACUCCAUCGAGGAAGGAUGACUUGAAAAAGAAACUCUCACAUCAUUCAUGCUACCCUAGUAGGUUUAGAGCUUCUUUUUGAUUAUAAUAUUACAUCACUGUCUUGCCAGAGUCAUAAAGAUAAAACAGUUCAGAUGACCCUCCAGUGUCUGUCAGUACAUAUUGUCAGCCUAAUCUAAUUAUGGCCAGGUUUGAUAAAGUGUCUUUGUUUACUAAUAUUCGACUAAGAGAUAUAAUAAACAUUUGUAUUAAUGAUUUAUUUAGACACUUAGAAUAAAUGGAAAAUUUAAAAAAAAAAAUAAUAAUUACUGUACUUAAGCUUGCAGUUAAUGAGUCUUCAUUUUAAAUAACAAUGUGUAUACAGACAUAUUGAGUAGCAGUAUUCUCUGUAUUGGGACCAUAAUGAAGUAAAUUGUUUUAGAAUUUAUUCUGAGAUAAGAGCUGUACGUUGUCAUUAUUUAAAAAAUAUUGGAAUAAUUCUUGCAAAAUAAAUUCUCUGACAAAAUACACUUAUCUACAGUUCUUGAAGAUGUUCACUGAUGUUAACUAUGUUAAACUUUUAUUUUAUGAACAUCUUGGUUUAAAUAUUAGGAAACAAUGUUCAAAAUUACUACAAGCUAGUUGCCCACAAAUUAAAUGUAAAUUCAUUUUUUAAACUUGCUAUUUGUAGCCUAAUCAAAUAAUUAAUGGUAAGUGCUAAACCCCCAUGUGGGUCAUUCAGCACAAGAUGUGAUGGAAGUUUGUUCCUCCAUCUGCCUAGCAUGAGACAGAUGCGCUUCCUAUUUGUACUCGCUUAGAGUGUAACUGUUGGUAGCCACUUCGGGUUUAAGGAUCCUAAUGUAGUGCUUGUGUUCAAAUGUUUUAUAUCGGCUCAUUUGUUCUAAUAAUAAUACAAGUAUUUGAUAUAUAGCAAGUAUUCUCUAAAAUUUUAAUUUUAUAAGUUUGUGAGCAUAACCACCACAGCUAUCAAAAUCAUUCUCUCAUAAUCAUACACUGAGUUCGGGUAACUUUAAAAGUACAUAUAGCUAAAACACACAAGACUUGAAUUUAAGAAUUUUAUAGAGCUUGCAUAUUAAACAACUUACUCUGGACUCAAUGAUAAUGAUUCUGCUAUUAACUUAUUUACUCUAAAAUAAUCAUAGCUUACCUCUCAUUUGGUGAGUUUAGUUUUCUGUUUAUAAUUAAUAUUGUGGCUUAUCUUGGAGAGUAACUAUCCGAUUUAUGCAUGGGAGAGCAAUUGCCUGAUUCGUGCAUUACAAUAAUAAUAAUAAUUUUUAUUUUGGCAUGAUACAAUGUUUGUAUAGAGAUGUGUGACAUUUAAUUGUACAUGCAGAAGGCCCAUAGUUAUGCAGAUCAUUUCAGGCAAACUUAAGCCUGACUUAAGACUAUAAUGGCAAUUACUAAUUAAUUGCAUAUAUAUAAGGACAUUAAGGAUAUACAGACAACAAAUUUAGGAAUUACAAGAAGAACAAACAACCAGAUAAUUAUUACUGUCUGAUUUAUGCACAACAUACAUCAUCAUCUCCUUACUGGUUUGUUUAACUAAUUUUUAAAUCUGUCUCAUGUUCUGUUAAUACAUGUAUGUCAUUGUUUGGGUUACUUGCCAAAUCUAGUAUUUUGUAUGAUUACCCUUCCUCUUGAUGCACUUCUUCCAUCUCCUAGGCAGUGAUAAGGUUAAAGUAUGGAGGAUAGGGGUCACUACCCUCCCACACCAAUGGCAUUUGAGUGUUUGGGGAUAGUGGACACAAAGUUUAUCCUUGAUAAGGUUCCACAUGUUCUUUACGAUAUUUCAGUCCGUUGAGUUACCAGGCUGUGUUCUCUAUCAUACGUAAGUCUGGCAAAUUCUCUAUCAUAUUUCAGUCAUUAAAGAUUGAAAUUUUGCAAUUAUUUAGCCAGUUGUUUAUGUCUGGUAGGAUGGUAACGGGCACCAUCUUGCAUACAAAAGUUGUCCAGGAACUUUUCAAAACUGUUGGCAAAUAGUUUGCUAAAGGCAUACUUAUGUGCAUGCAUAUUAUUAUUAUUAUUUCAUGAUCCAGAAUAUGAUUCCUGAUGUUGCUGGAUUAAAAGCCGAAAUGGUGAUUUACCCUACAAUAAAUGUCUUAUGAAGA